ACGUCCAUCUUGUUUGUUAUUACUUCUGUUGUGUUGUCUUGGCAUUGAUAAUUUCGAAAAUGAUUUGAAAUUCCUGUUAUUUUUGUGAUAAAAAUCUCUUGGAAUGGACGAAUUUUCCACUGCACGGACGGCAAAGAAGGGAAGACGAGCUGCAAAUAUACGGACAGAUAGCGAGCUAGAUGGCAAAGACAACAGCUUGAAUGAGCAAACGCCAGAAGACGUUUCCGUCGGUACUAUUUCAGGACAGAUUGGCGAGAGACCUUCUGUCACAAUGAAAGGUGGAUGGGCUAGUAUGAGUCCCAAAGAUAAACGAAAAAAUGCUGUAAGAAAGAAAUCCAGCAACACCGAUGUUACGAGUAUGGAUGACGAGCGACUAAAAACUGAUCACCAUGUUGAUGAAGGAAUUGAUGAAAUUCCAGUCUUACCUGAUCUUGAUGACUUCCAAGAGGAAGAUCUAGCCAGUAAAAUUGCUGCCCCACCAAGGUUUUCCGUGUUUGUCAACUGA